AAGCCGAGUCAUCUUUAGAAACGGGGUGCUGAUCUGGGCCAUAAGGCUGAGGGCGGGAUUCACGCGUUGGCGAGGCUAGCCGAGAGCGGCUAGGGGGCCGCCCGAAGUGGUUGAGCCUGAGAAAAUGAACCGGGAGGGGUCCCUUCGCUCGGCGUUCGCGGAAUCGCGGCACAGCAGCGAGCUUUUGGAGUCGGCCAUGUCGCGGCCGGUGCUGCGGCUGAUGAGCCCUCCCGCCCUCAACUUGAGGCGCCUCUGCGCUUGCAAAACCUGCCCUCAGCGCUCAGCCCCCAGUUAUUACGGUCAUCUGCCCUCAAGACUUUUCCACCAAUUUGCGGCCACGCCUUUGUUUGCUGCCAAUGUCUUUGCCUUUCGUCAGCGCCUACAUGUUGGCAUUGAAGCUGGAAGUCAUCUGCACUCGGGGCUGUUAAUUCACUGUACGCCCCAACGUCAUCCACCAUGGCUGCUGGCUCCGACUUCAUACUGAUGCCUGGCUCUUUCGUGCAAUGCAAUGCGACUCAUUCGAGCAGGCUAACCAUCCUCU